GGUUUUUGACUACACCACCGAUGAUUUUCUCAAGGCAUUUUGCAGGUUCUCCAGUCGUCGGGCUGAAGAAGCUACUCUCAGCUGCAACGAAGGAAUCUCUCAAGAUACAGAGACUGUUCGCUAAUGAUGGCUCUAAGUGGAUCUUCAAUCCUCCAGCAGCAUCACAUAUAGGCGGAAAAUGGGAGGAAACGGUGAAGUCUAUCAAGUAUCAUCUCAAACGAACUAUCAAAGAAACGUUGCUAACGUUUAAAGACUUCUUCACGUUCUUGGCUCAAGUUGAGGCGGUCCUCAAUUCCAGGCCUUUCAGCUCUCUCUUGGAGGACCCUGAUGACAUCGGAGCCUUAACUCCAGGAUAUUUCAUUAGAGGGGAGGCCUUGUCAACCAUCCCCGAGCCUUCCCUAAUAGACAUUUCUGAUUCUAGAUUAUCUCACUCAUAG